AUGGAGGGCAAAUCGGACCCAGGGAAUGAGGAGGAGGAGGAGGAGGAGGAGGAGGAGGAGGAGGAGGAGGAGGAGGAGGAGGAGGAGGAGGAGGAGGAGGAGGAGGAGGAGGAGGAAGAGGAGGAGGAGGAGGAGGAGGAGGAGGAGGAGGAGGAGGAGGAGGAGGAGGAGGAGGAGGAGGAGGAGGAGGAGGAGGAGGAGGAGGAGGAGGAGGAGGAGGAGGAGGAGGAGGAGGAGGAGGAGGAGAGCUGCGCUAGCCAAUCCGACGGCGAUCACACGGGCAGUGAGAGCCAUGACUCUGCAGCUGGUGUCGCGGAGGUACCAGCGCGCCACGCUACCAAAGACGAGAUGGUCAAAUUCAUCUCAGGCAAUGCGGAGGUGUCUGUGAUGGUGGUGGCGGCUACUGAUCUGGUCAAAGAGGCUCAGGCACGGCACGGCAUGGCCCCCACGGCUGUAGCAGCGCUGGGGCGGCUUCUAAUGGGGACGCUGCUGCUGGGGGCCAUGAAGGGGCCAGACGAAUCCGUGCAAGUCACAGUGAACGGUCGGGGGCCCAUUGGGCAGAUCACGGCUGUUUCAGCGCUGCAUGGGGAGGUGAAAGGGUUUGCCGUGAACCCCCUGGCCGACCCGCCUCUCAACUCCAAGGGCAAGAUGGACGUGGGGGGAGCAGUGGGAAAGGGAGUGCUUAGCGUCAUUCGAACCCAUCCCUCCUGGCAGUCUCCUUACACCGGCACUGUGCCUCUGGUGUCAGGGGAGAUCGCAGAGGACUUGGCAAACUACCUAGCGGAGAGUGAGCAGAUCAAUUCCGCCAUGGGGCUGGGAGUGGCUGUGGGCAAAGAUGGAAUCGUCAGGGCGGCAGGCGGUUUCCUUGUUCAAGUCCUUCCUUUCUGCUCAGACGAUACACUAGACAAGCUAGAGGCCAACAUCCAAUCACUGGGCGCCAUGUCAGAUGCAGUGCAGCGCAUGGAUGCAGGGGCCAUUGCUCACCAUCUCUUGCAGGGGCUGGAUCCCGAACCUGUCAUAGAUCCGAUUGUGCCUACGUUUGGCCCAUGUGGUUUGGAAGACCUGAAGCCUCGCAUGCUUAGAGCUGUGGAGUCACUAGGAGCCGAGGACGUGAAGAAACUCAUUGAGGAAAGAGCGAUGCAUCGCAGCCUCGGCGUGCACGUCAGCUUUGUCAGGUCGACAACUCUUGACGGCUGGAGCGUAGAGCAAUUGAAGAUCAUGGCCUUCGGAGGAAACGGCCGAGCGCGUGCUUUUUUCAAGCAGCACGGCUGGACGGACGGAGGCAAGAUCGAACAAAAGUACACCUCAAGAGCCGCCGAGCUCUACCGGCAGCUUCUCGCGAAGGAAGUCGCGAAGAGCUUCGCCGGUGCACAGACAUCCCUCCCGUCGCCAACAUCGACUAGCCAAACAGCUGCGAAUGGCGGUGCUGCUGCGGUAGCGCCUGCUGCUGAGGAGGCCCCGGCUCCUGCCGCUGCUGCUCCUGCUCCUGCUGCUGCAGCGUCGCGAGUGUCUCCGGUUACAAGGAAGACGACGAGCGUAACUGCGAAGAAAACGACCAGCAAAUCGUCCGGCCUCGGCGUUAAGAAGCUCACGACGAAGCCGAACGACAGCCUGUACGAGCAGAAGCCAGUGGAGGCAGCGGUGAAGGUGGCCGUGGUGGAGCACAAGGCGUCGCGCUUCACGUACAACGAGGCGUCCUCCUCCUCGCAGCCUGGCGCCGGGUCCGGCAGAGGCGGCCACGUAGCGGCGCCCGCGGCGUCUGGAGACUUUUUCAACGACUUUUCGGGAGGGAUUAGGGCUGUUCCCAGUAACCGACCCAAGCCUCCACCUCAGCCGAUUGAGGAGUCAGACGAGGCUCGCAGGAAGUUCGCAGGGGCGAAGGCGAUCUCGUCGCAGCAGUUCUUUGACCGGGAUAACAAGGAGCUGCAGGCGCAGAACCAAGAGCGGCUGCAGAAGUUCCAGAACUCGUCGGCCAUUUCGAGUGCAGCCUUCUUCGAUCGGGACGAGGGCGGCAACCAGGGUGGCGGAGACGGCUCUCUGGACAGCGUUGCUGCGGACCUACUGGGAGGGCUCUCCGUGGGGGCUGUGGCAGAGCAGACAGGGCAGGCGCUGUCAUCAUUUGCCUCCAGCAUCCUUGCUGACUUGCAGGACCGGAUUCGAUAG